AUGCUUAGUCAAAUUGUGCGCUCGCUGCACUGGGCCGGGCUGUCCUCACAAAGGUUUAUGCCCAACGCGCAGUCCAGCAGCCGUGAAACUACUCUGCCCUCCUUGAUGUUCACGGAGCAAGGUUCCUUUCAGAUAUCGAUAUUCCAAGACCUGCACUUUGGCGAGAACGCAUGGAGCUUUGGACCCGAGCAGGACUUUUACUCGGUGCAAGUCCUUAAUGAGGUCUUGAAUCAGGAAAGUCUUGACCUGGUGGUUUUGAAUGGCGACCUCAUCACGGGCGAGAACACCUUCCUAGAGAACAGUACCCAUUAUGUCGACGAAAUUGUUGCUCCAUUCAUCGAGAGGAACUUGACUUGGGCCUCUACGUAUGGCAAUCAUGAUUACGAUUACAACAUUACGGGUGCAACCAUCUUGGAUCGGGAAAUGCUCUUUCAAAACUCGCGGACUAGGCAAAUGGUCGAUGGUAUAAACUCUGGCAUCUCGAACUACUACUUGCCCGUCUACGACCCGUCAUGCGCCACCUCCGAUUGCGCCCCGGAGUUAUUGCUUUGGUUCUUUGACUCGAGGGGCGGAUGGUACUAUCAAACCAAGGAUGAGUCGGGAAACAAGGUCGGCCAGCCAGAUUGGGUCGAUGAGAGCGUGGUCGACUGGUUCCUUAACACCAACACCGAUCUGGUCAGUCACCAUGGCAAAGUCAUUCCUUCAUUGGCAUUCGUGCACAUUCCCACCAAUGCCUCGCUUGCACUUCAAGAAAGGGGAAUCAAUGAAUGCAAGCAGCCUGGCAUCAAUGACGAUGUACCUCUAGCUCAACAGGCCCAAGGAUGGUGUGUAGAUGGAAGUAACGACGCCGAUUGCUCCUACGGCGGCCAAGAUGUCCCGUUCAUGGAGGCGCUGGUCUCGACUAAAGGUCUACUUGCUGUAUUUUCCGGACACGACCACGGUGAUACUUGGUGUUACAAAUGGAAUGGCCUGUUACCAGGAAUGACGGUCAGCGGGAACGGACUCAACCUUUGCUUCAGCCAACACUCUGGAUACGGCGGGUACGGAUCAUGGCAACGUGGUGCUCGCCAAGUUCGCGUCACCAAGCAAGGCUUGGAAAACUCGGAACUGGAUACAUGGAUACGUCUUGAGACGGGCUACGUCACGGCAAACGUGACCCUGAAUGCUACAUACGGUCAGGACAAUUAUAAUCCAUGUUAG